AUGACGGAUAAGCUUGAAGAAAAGAUAAGUGAAAAGAAGCUGUAUUAUAAUAACUGGUUAGGAAAUCCAACAGAUGAAAAUUGGCUAGCAUAUAAGAAGUUACAAAAGGAAGUUCGACAACAAGUAACUGAGGAAAAGAAUAGUAUGUGGGAAAGAAAAUGCAAUGAUAUUGAAACUUACAUUGGGGGAUCACGAUCUACGGAAGCAUGGAGAACUCUGAAGGGGAUGAAAACAAAUACGCAACAACGUCCACAGUUUUUGCAAAACAAUGAAGCCGUCACUAUUACAGAACCUAGAACAAACAUAUCGAUUGAGGAAGUUAAACAAGCCUUGGUGUCUAUGAAAAACGGUAGAGUUCCAGGACCGGGUGGUAUUAUGGCUGAAAUGCUAAAAUAUGGCGGAGAAUGUCUUAUAACAGAAAUAACAAACUUAAUGCAGAUGUGUGUAGAUCGGAAUAAAAUACCUAAUGAAUGGAAGUUCCAUCCCCAGAGUUAA